CAAUGGGCGGCUCGGAGGCGGGGCACCCGUGGGAGCGGGGUUAGGAACUGUCGCGAAUCCCAGAGCGCGUCAGGCUCCGCAUCUAUGGAACGAGCCGAAGCGCUGAGUACAGAACUCGCUAAGGUCAUCAAGCCUAUCGAUCGGAGGUCGGUCCAUCAGAUUUGUUCUGGGCAAGUGGUCCUGAGUCUAAGUUCUGCCGUGAAGGAGUUGGUGGAAAAUAGCGUGGAUGCCGGUGCCACUAAUAUUGAUCUAAGGCUUAAAGACUAUGGGGUGGAUCUCAUUGAAGUUUCAGACAAUGGAUGUGGGGUAGAAGAAGAAAACUUUGAAGGCUUAACUCUGAAACAUCACACUUCUAAGAUUCAAGAGUUUGCUGACCUAACUCAGGUUGAAACUUUUGGCUUUCGGGGGGAAGCUCUGAGCUCACUUUGUGCACUGAGUGACGUCACCAUUUCUACCUGCCACUCGUCUGCGAAGGUUGGGACUCGACUGGUGUUCGAUCACAAUGGGAAAAUUACCCAGAAAACCCCAUUCCCACGGCCCAGAGGGACGACAGUCAGUGUCCAGCAGCUGUUUUACACGCUGCCUGUGCGCCAUAAGGAGUUUCAAAGGAAUAUUAAAAAGGAAUUUGCCAAAAUGGUCCACGUCCUCCACGCGUACUGUAUCAUUUCCUCGGGCGUCCGUGUAAGUUGCACCAAUCAGGUGGGACAAGGAAAACGACAGCCUGUGGUGGGCACAAGCGGAAGCUCCAGCAUAAGAGACAAUAUUGGAUCUGUAUUUGGACAGAAACAGUUGCAGAGCCUCAUUCCUUUUGUGCAGCUGCCCCCUAGUGACAGCGUCUGUGAAGAGUUCGGGCUCAGCUGCUCAGAUGCUCUGCAGAAUCAGUUUUGUAUCUCGGGUUUCAUCUCUCACUGUACUCAUGGUGUUGGACGGAGUUCAACGGACAGACAGUUCUUUUUUAUCAAUUGGCGGCCAUGUGACCCAGCAAAGGUGUCCAGACUGGUGAACGAGGUCUAUCACAUGUAUAAUCGACAUCAGUACCCAUUUGUUGUUCUUAAUGUUUCUGUUGAUUCAGGAUGUGUUGAUAUCAAUGUUACUCCAGAUAAAAGGCAAAUUUUCCUACAAGACGAGAAGCUUCUGUUGGCAGUUUUAAAGACAUCUUUGAUAGGAAUGUUCGAUAGUGAUGUCAGCAAACUGAACAUCAGUCAGCAGCCGCUGCUGGAUAUUGAAGGCCACUCACUGAAACCGCACUGGGCAGAGACGGGAAAGCCUGUGCCCGAGAAGCAGGGGAGUCCCGCUUCGCUAGGGACGCCAGGAGAAGAGAGAAGGGCGGUGACCAUUUCCAGGCUGCGGGAGGCCUUUUCUCUUCGUCACUCAGCAGAGAACAGGCCUCAGAACAGGCAGGUUUCUCCGAGACAGAAGAGAAGCGUGCCGUCUUCCAGGCCUUCGGAUGCCCUCUGCCCCCAGACGCCCUGCUCAGGCGCAGGCUGGUCCGGCCCUCCAGGAGGGGGGAUGAGUCCGGAAGAGGACAGAGUGGAGGCGGAAAGGGACUCAGGGCAUGGCAGUACCUCCGCAGGCUCAGAGGAGGGGUCCAGCACCCCGGACAUGGGCAGUCACUCCAGCAGUGACCGAGCAGCCAGCUCCCCGGAAGACAGGUCUUCACAAGAAAAGAUGGAGUCGUGCGAGACGUUGCCUGAAACUGGGCGUCGUUUUUCAGACAUGGAAUGCCAUUUAGACCCAGAAGACAGUGGAUGUAAAUUUAGAAUGUGGCCUCAGCCAACUAAUCUCUCAAACAGCAAGCGUUUAAAAAAAGAAGGAAUUCCCUUAAGUUCUGACAUCCCUCAGAAAUCGGUUAAUACACAGAACAUGCCGGUGUCUCAGGUUGACGUCGCUGUUAAAAUUAACAAGAAGAUCGUGCCCCUGGACUUUUCCCUGAGUUCUUUAACUACACGCGUGAAGCAGUUACAUCACCAAGAGCAGCGCAGAGGCGAGCAGAACUACAGGAGGUUCCGGGCAAAGAUUUGUCCUGGAGAAAAUCAAGCAGCAGAAGAGGAACUAAGGAAGGAGAUAAGUAAAACAAUGUUUGCAGAGAUGGAAGUCAUCGGUCAGUUUAACUUGGGGUUUAUCAUCACCAAACUGGACGCGGACCUCUUCAUCGUGGACCAGCACGCCACGGAUGAGAAGUACAACUUCGAGAUGCUCCAGCAGCACACCGCGCUGCAGGGCCAGAGGCUGAUCAGACCCCAGACUCUCAACUUAACUGCUGUCAAUGAAGCCGUCCUGAUAGAAAAUCUGGAAAUCUUCAGGAAGAAUGGUUUUGAUUUUGUUAUCGAUGAAAGCGCUCCCAUCACUGAAAGGGCUAAAUUGAUUUCCUUGCCAACUAGUAAAAACUGGACCUUCGGACCCCAGGACAUUGAUGAGCUGAUCUUCAUGCUGAGUGACAGCCCUGGGGUUAUGUGCCGGCCUUCCCGCGUCAGGCAGAUGUUCGCCUCCAGGGCCUGUCGCAAGUCUGUGAUGAUCGGAACUGCUCUUAACACAAGUGAGAUGAAGAAACUCAUCGCCCAUAUGGGUGAGAUGGACCAUCCCUGGAACUGUCCCCACGGCAGGCCGACCAUGAGACACAUCGCCAACCUGGAUGUCAUUUCUCAAAAUUGACCUUGUUUUAUGGACUGGACUUUUCUGUUUUGCAGGGCAGGGUUUAACCAUUUUGUUUCAAAAUUAGCCUACUUAAAAAGACAAACACGUAGCAGCGCCAUUUAGAAGUGAUGUGGAGAGCCUUUUGCACCAUGUGGAGUAUUGCUGCAGUGUUUUUUGUUCUGAAUUUGUGUGUGUGUGUGUGUGUGUGUGUGUGUGUGUGUGUGUACAGGCAAGAGCACGUUUUUUCAGAAAUGGGAAGAGCACUUGGAAGCCGUCCAGGCCUCUGCUCUGGCCCAGCAUCUUUUAGGCUGCAACGCUAAGCCUAAUGAUUAAGUCGGCAAUGGUUUAAUUUCAUAAAUUUAAAAUUAUGAUCCUCUUGGCUCACUAGUUCUUAACCCUGAUGUACGUACUUUUUUUUUUAAAGGAAUAAUCUGGAAAACCUAGUGGGGGUUCUCUGCCCGGCUGGGAAGAAAGGACCCAGUGGAGCUGGGGUUAUGAUUUUUAAAUGUUCCCCGGUGCGGCCAGGGCGGCAAGGCACUGUUGUAGGCAAGGGGAAAUAAAAGGUUUGGAUUUGGCCGUAA